AUGGAGAGCAAGGAACGAUCACCUCCUCAGCACGCAGAAGUGAAGGAUGCACAGGAAAAUGAGAUCAAUCAAGGAGACAACGAGUCUGGUGCCGCCGAGGAAUCGAACAUACUUAGGGUAGAAACGGGCGAGCUAAAUGUGAUCGAGUCCAUGUGCCCCAAAUGCUACAAAAAUGGCACGACACGCCUCAUGAUCACCGACAUUCCGCACUUUAAAGAGGUAAUUAUCAGUAGCUUUGAGUGCCCAAACUGUGGGGAAACUAACAAUGAGGUUACAUUUGGUGGAGUAUUUGGGCCUAAAAAAGUUCGCUACGAACUACAGGUGAGGGAUAAAAGAGACAUGGAUCGCCAAGUCGUUAAGUCCGAAUAUGCAUCAAUCAUCAUUCCGCAGCUAGAGCUUGAGAUCCCACCCGAAUCUCAGAAGGGAGUGCUUAACACUGUAGAAGGCAUUUUGGAGCAUACCAGAGUCGGCCUUCAACUUCAGCAGCCGAUUCGUAAAAUCCAGAAUCCCGAACUCCACGACCGGAUUGAGGACUUUUGUCGGAAGCUCGAGGAGUACUGUCUUGGAAACAUCCCGUUUACGCUGAUCGUGGAUGAUCCUGCCGGGAACAGCUAUGUGGAGGGGCGUUACGAGUACUACCAUCCAACGAUUGACCCACAGCUGACGAAGUACGAGAAGGAACGGACUGAAAUUGACCGGCAGCUGCUGGGGCUUCCCAUCGAAUAUAACACACAGCGAACGAAGGACGAGGAGGAGCAGGUAGACACGGGGCAUAUUGAUGAUAUUAGCUGCCUGGCGUGUCCAUGCCCCGCCUGCAAUGCAAUGGGAUCAGUAAAAAUGCAUGUGUGCGAGAUUCCAUAUUUCAAAGAAACUGUAAUCAUGGCGUUUAAAUGCGACUAUUGUGGCUACAAAAGUAAUGAGAUAAAAUCUGGAGGAAAAAUUUCCGAGAAGGGCUUACGCCUCACCUUGCACGUAGAGAGCGAAGAGGAUUUGAAACGAGACGUCCUAAAGUCCGAGACAGCGACGCUGACCAUUCCGGAGGUGGACCUAGAGCUGGCCCCCGGCACGCUGGGCGGGUUCUUCUCCUCCGUGGAAGGGACCCUCGUGAUGGUUCGUGAGCAGCUCAACAAGCUGCCGCAGGCCGCUUUCGCCACGGGCGAUUCCGCCACCGAACAGUCAAAAUCGAUGCUGGAGUUCGUAAAGGAACUGGAUGCACUACUAACCGUCAAGCAACCCUUUACAGUGAUUCUUGAUGAUCCGCUUGGAAACAUUUACAUUCAGAACCCCAGGGCACACUUGCCACCACCAGAGGACAAAGACCCACGGUUGACAUCCGAAGAGUACGUCCGCAGCUUUGAACAGGACGAGGAACUAGGGUUACAUGACAUAAACGCCAAGGAAUAG